UUUUCAAAGUCUGUACCAGCUUGUUACAGAACUGGUGAAGCUGAAGUGAAAGAACAAAGAAUCAAAAGUACACAGAGAUUAUUGUUCUACUGAAGAAGAGUUUGGUUUGUAGAUAAUUCAGUUUCCUAGUGAGCGAUAGGUUAUAAACGGACGAGAUGGUGAGCUUGUGCAACACUGUGGAUACCUCCCACCAGGACAUGAUCCACGAUGCUCAGCUGGAUUAUUAUGGAAAGAAAUUGGCAACGUGCUCGUCUGAUCGCAGCGUCAAGAUUCUGGACGUUAGUGGUGGUAACCAGCGUGUGAUAGCAGACUUGACUGGCCAUCAAGGUCCAGUCUGGCAAGUGGCAUGGGCACAUCCGUCCUUUGGCAACGUGCUCGCUUCUUGUUCAUAUGACCAUAAGGUGAUAAUAUGGCAAGAAGGACCUAAUUCUAGAUGGCAGAAGCUCUAUGAAUAUGACAAGCAUGUUUCCUCAGUAAAUUCAGUUUGUUGGGCACCACAUGAAUGGGGAAUGGUACUAGCAUGCGGCUCAUCAGAUGGCAAUAUCUCGAUCCUAACAUAUGCCGAUAAUGAAUGGGAUACUUAUCUGAUCAAGAAUGCACAUGCAGUUGGUUGCAAUGCUGUCAGUUGGGCACCAGCCACAGCACCAUUGACAGUGGCUGGUCAGAGCGCCUCUCCGUCUGUCAAGCGACUAGUGUCUGGCGGGUGUGACAACCUGGUGAAGAUCUGGUGUGCGGAGAGUGGUCAAUGGACGGAAGAACACAGCCUACCACAGCACACUGACUGGAUCCGCGACUGUGCCUGGGCCCCCACUAUUGGACAACCAUCUCUAACCAUUGCCAGCUGUUCACAGGACCAGCAGGUGAUCAUCUGGACCAAGGAUGAUUCUCCUGGCAGUGCAUGGCAAGGAAAGGUAAUGCACAAAUUUGAUGACACACCGUGGCAUGUCAGCUGGUCAAUCACUGGUGAUGUGCUGGCUGUCUCGUCUGGCGACAAUAAGGUUACCCUCUGGAAGGAAUCAUUUGGUGCCAGUGGUUUGGUGUGGACACAGCUAAGCGAGGUUUAGGCAUGCUAGCGGGUGUCUAGUGUCGGAACGAUUACACGAUUUUUGAUUGAUCUACACCGCUGUAUUUAUGCUGAGCCUGUGUGUGUGCGCGCAUGUGUGUGUGGUGUGUGUGUGCGUGUUUCCCAUGAAGAGUGCGGUGCCUGCGUGCGUGUGUGUGCAGAGUAUAGUGUUUGUUUUGCUGUAAUUCCGCAUCUGUAUGUGAUGUCCGUACCUUAUUCCUAGCUAUUUUAUGCUUUAUGCUUAUAGUGAACAAUGCCACUCUAACAAGACAGCUGCUCUUCUCCUCUCAGUAAUUCUUCACCUGACGACUGUAUAAAUAAGCUCCUCUCAUUAGCGUUUAUUUUUUUAUUUCUUCAAAAAUGACUGUACAAAACUAUUCAUGUA